UACAAAGCCAUUGACGUUUGCUGACUGUGUUGGUGAUGAGCUUCCUCUAGGAUGGGAAACUGUUUACGAUCAACAGAUUGGAGUUUAUUAUAUGGACCACAUAAAUCAGCUCACACAAAUUGAGGACCCAAGGGAACAAUGGAGAAGGGAGCAAGAACGCAUGCUAAAGGAAUAUUUAAUAGUUGCCCAGGAGGCACUCAAUGCCAAGAAGGAGAUUUACCAAAUAAAGCAGCAGCGUUUUGAACUAGCCCAAGAAGAAUAUCAACAAUUGCACAAAAUGUGUGAGGAUGACAGCCGUUCCUAUGCCAGCUCAUUCUCGGGAUUUUCAGCUAAUACCAAGUAUGACCCAUAUCAGAUUAAAGCAGAAAUAGCCAGCCGUCGUGACAGACUUUCUAGGCUGAAACGAGAAUUGGCACAGAUGAAGCAGGAGUUGCAAUAUAAAGAAAAAGGAGUGGAAACUCUACAAGAGAUUGACCGUAAGAUGUCAAAUGCUCAUACAAAUUACAGACUGGAUGAAGCACAAGCUAUAAUGAGUGAACUUCGAACCAUAAAGAAAGCUAUAUGCACAGGUGAAAAAGAAAGGCAGGACCUUAUGCAGAGCCUGGCCAAAUUAACAGAUGGAUUCAGGAAUAGCUGUUGUAUUACAGAUUCCCUGCAGGAUCUCCAGCACAAUUCUAGUUCACUCAGUGACUCCUGUUUACCUCAACAACACUGCGAUGCUUGUUCUCAGACUGACAUCACUGGAGAGUUUGGGUUUGAUGACAAAACAAGACUUGUCGACAAAGUAAGGCUGAACUGGCAAUAUGAAGAAGCCAAGAAAAGAGUUUCGAAUAUACAGCAGCAGUUGGCCUUGCUGGAUAACGAAUCCUGGCCAGGAAUGGCUGAAGCGGACAGGGACCGUCUUCAGCUCAUCAAGGAGAAGGAGGCUCUUCUUCAGGAGUUGCAGCUCAUCAGUCAGCAGAGACGAUCCCCAGAAGACAUUGCACGUUUGGAGGAAGAAAAAAGACGCUUGGAGGAUGAAAUUCAGCGAGCUCGAGCAACAUCUGCUCAUGGGGCCACUGAAAGGAUACUGUUACAGGAGAAGAGAAAUUGUUUGCUUAUGCAACUAGAAGAAGCUACACGUUUAACCUCAUAUUUACACUCCCAGUUAAAAAGUCUGUCAGCUAGCACCCUCACCAUGUCCUCUGGCAGCAGCAGAGGAUCCCUGGCCUCCAGUCGAGGAUCCUUGGCCUCCAGCAGAGGCUCCCUCAGCUCAGUCAGCUUCACGGACAUCUAUGGCCUUCCCCAGUACGACAAAUCCGAGGGCGUUACAGACUACGGGCAGCAUUUGCGCUUUGACAUCAUUCCCUUCGAGUCGCUCACAAAGGACGUGCCGUACGCCGAUCCCGUCGGGCACUCCAGUUUCAAUAAGCAGCGCCGGUCUCUGGAUACCCCGCAGUCCCUGGCAUCCCUGUCAUCGCGGUCCUCCUUGUCAUCCUUGUCCCCUCCAAGCUCACCUCUGGACACCCCGUUCCUCUCUGCAUCACGAGAUUCUCCGUUGGCUCAGAUGUCAGAAGGUUUUGAGGAGAUGGCAGGCAUGGGAGCCCUGGAAAUGCUCAGGGCUCAGACCACAGCCUUGGGUGAUGAUGAUGCACAAGGCACGAGCUCAUCUCAGACAUCUGCUUACCCUCUGGACAGUGAAGGGCUGCGAGAAAUGGGACCACACCUGACUGCUGUCCAAACUGGUGGAGCUGUAACUCUGCGAGGAGACAGUGGAAGAAGAUCGGAGAGGAGAGCCAGGCGAGUUUCAGCAUGUCUCUCAGAUCAUUCACUGGCUAGUGACAGUGGCGUGUUUGAAGCUUUAAGCAAAAGGAAUGAAGAUCUGGAAGAACCUGUUUAUGGUGAUGCUGCCAGUAAUGAAGAACCACAAAUACAUGUUGGAUUUCUGCAUGACAAUGGAAGUGAAUGUCUGCUAGUCCAUGUAUUACAGCUGAAGAACUUCACUAGUCUAGUUGUUAAAGAAAACUGCAAAAUUCAUGUGAGAGUUUAUUUGCCACCGCUUGAGUCAGGCACACCAACCACUUACUGCUCAAGAGCUUUGGAAUUCCAAACUCCGUUAAUAUUUAAUGAAGUGUUCCGAAUCCCUGUGCACUCAAGUGUUUUGAAAUUAAAAUCACUGCAGCUGUAUAUCUGUUCAGUUGAUCAUCAGCAACAAGAAGAACUAUUGGGCAUUGCUCAGAUAAACUUGACUGAUGCAGAGAGUUCUGGUGAGAUGCAGCUUCACUGGUACCCUGUUCAGAUCUUCACUGGUUCCGAGCCCCAGAGAGCAAAGACCAAAAACCAGUGUGAAGACAGUAUUCCUCAGUCUUCUGGAAAUGUAACUACAGUUAAAACAGAUGCAGUGACAGCCCUGUUAGCUAGGACCACUGCCCAGCUGGAAGCAGUUGAGAGAGAGCUGGCAGAAGAGAGAGUGAAACUGGAGUACACAGAGGAGGAAAUCUUGGAGAUGGAAAGAAAGGAAGAUCAGGCAGAAGCCAUAUCAGAAAGGAGCUGGCAAGCAGAAUCUGUUGACAGUGGAUGCAGUAAUUGCACCCAGACUAGUCCUCCUUACCCAGAGCCAUUCUGUGGGGAUCCAUUAGCUGGACACAUGUUUGCAACUCAAGCAGGCCAGUACAGUUCUGGAAAAAUGCAGCCUCCACCACUAAAGGUGGAUAAGGAAACCAACACUGAGGAUCUGUUUCCUGAAGAAGUUGCUAUUCUACCAAAAGAGAGAACCAGCCGCAGGCCACGGGGUUCUGCUUUUGUUCGCAGUAGCACAAUUGUUCGUUCCCAGACCUUUUCGCCUGGAGCACGAAGUCAAUAUGUUUGCAGACUGUAUCGCAGUGACAGUGACAGUUCAACCCUGCCAAGGAAGUCUCCUUUUGUCAGGAAUACCUUGGAGAGGCGGACUCUGCGGUAUAAGCAGUCCUGCAGAUCAUCUUUGGCUGAACUUAUGGCAAGGACAUCAUUAGACCUGGAGCUGGAUCUCCAGGCAUCCAGAACUCGACAGAGACAGCUGAAUGAGGAGAUAUGUGUUUUAAGAGAGUUGAGACAGCGUCUGGAAGAUGCCCAGCUCAGAGGGCAGACAGAUUUACCCCACUGGGUGGUUCGGGACGAGCGAUUCCGGAACUUGUUGAAGGAAGCAGAAAGGCAGACCAGACAGACCAAAUUUGAACAUCACCAAGAGCAAGCAGCUGAAAAGAUGCUAAAGAAAGCAUCAAAAGAAAUAUACCAGUUGCGUGGGCAAAAUCAGAAAGAGCCUAUUCAGGUGCAGACUUUUAGAGAGAAGAUAGCAUUUUUUACAAGACCAAGGAUUAACAUACCUCCUCUGCCAGCUGAUGAUGUAUGACAUGUUGCAUUGUAAACAUGAAGUAUUUAUCGCUUUUAUUUUAAUGAAGUUCUUAGAUUAGACAAGUUUCUUUAAAAAAAAUUGUGCAAAAGCUAAUA